UCGGGUUUCACUGACGCUUGUUUGCGAAUUGCGAAGCCCUUCUCUUCUCUCUCCCUCUCUCUCUCGAUCUCUCGACCGCCGCCAUGGCUACGACGUCGAAGCUCGAGAAGAAGAAGACGAAGAAGAAGAUGGAGGGGGAGGAGGAGCCCCACGAGUUUCGUGGCUACGGCGAUGGCGAUCGCGUUGAACCGGGUGGCGCUCGUAAGAAGUCAAAGAAGCGGAAGCUCCAAUCCAUGGAGGUACCGGAGGUUUCUAGGGUUAAGGACGAGAAGAAGAAGAAGAAGAAGAAGAAGGAUGAGAACAGAGAAGAAGAUGCUGUUGAGGAGGGAGAGGAGAGGAGGGGGGUGAUCACGGACGAGAGGUUCGCGGCGGCGCAAUACGACCCGAGGUUUCGGCGGAUGCCGCGGAAGGAGGCGAAGGUCACGAUCGACUCGCGCUUCGCCCGCAUGUUCACCGACAAGGACUUCGCAGCUUCGGCGGCGCCCGUCGACAAGCGGGGGCGGCCGAGGAAGGAUGGCGCGGUGAAUCCGAUGCUACAUUACUACCUUCAACAGGAUGGUGAGGAAGAAGAAGGUAGGUUGAAGCUUGAGGAGGAGGAGGAGGUUAAGGAGGGAUCGGAUGAAUCGGAGAGUGAUGAGACUACUACUACUACUACAGAUGAAGAAGAAGAUGACGAUGAUCAGUACUCUGUUAAUAGCGAUCUAUGUCGGUAUCUGAUGGCUAAUCACGAUGACACGCCGAUGAUCGAGAAUGAAACUCACCGGCUCGCAGUUGUUAAUUUGGAUUGGGAUCAUAUCAAGGCUGUUGAUCUGUAUGUGGUGAUGACUUCAUGUCUCCCAAAAGGCGGACAAAUUCAUUCGGUGGCUGUCUAUCCAUCCGAAUUCGGACUCAAGUGCAUGGAAAUCGAAGCAAUUCAUGGACCAUCUGGUCUUUUUGAAGACAAUGAUGAUAAUAGCGAAGAUGACUCUGAUGUUGACGAUAACAAGUUACGCUCUUAUGAGCUCAACAAACUAAGGUAUUACAAUGCAGUUGUCGUGUGUGAUUCAAGUGCCACUGCAAAUCACUUGUAUAAGACUCUUGAUGGUACCGAGUUUUUGAAAACUUCUAAUGUGUUUGAUUUGCGAUUCAUUCCCGAUUCUGUGGAGUUCAAACAUCCGCCUCGUGAUAUUGCAACCGAGGCACCAGUGAACUACAAAGAACCAGAUUUCCAGACUCGUGCUUUGCAGCAUAGCAGAGUUAAGCUAACCUGGGAAGAUGAUGAACCAGAACGCAAGAAGAUUUUGAGACGCAAGUUCAAUCCAAAUCAGCUCGAUGAGUUCAAUGAAUACUUAGCUUCCACCGAUGAGAGUGAUGAAGACGACGAUGAGUACAAUAACCAAAAUGGUGUUGGCAAUAACGAUGAAGCUGAGGCCAUGCCCAACGGUGAAACCAAGAAGCGCUUAGGAAGAGAGAAACUAUUAGCUCUUCUACAAGCUGGAGAUGAUUCGGACUCGGAUAAAAGCGAUGACAAAGACAUGGAGAUCACUUUCAAUACAGAACUCGAGGAUCUAAGCAAGCGCAUCCUCGAUGAAAAAGACAAAAAAUCAGAGACUGUUUGGGAGGCAGUCCUUAGAAAGAGGAACGAGAAAAAGAAAGCUAGAAAGAAUCAGUCAAAGCACUUAGAUGAUGAAAACAGUGAUUCUGAUAAUGAAGAAGCACCUCAACAAGAUGAUGAUGAUUUCUUUGUUGAAGAGCCUUUAGAUAGUGAAAGUAGCAAGCAAAAGAAGGGUCUGAAGGGUAAAAAAGGCCAAAAAGGCAGUAGAAAAGAUAGAGAUGAAUCUCCUGAGGGAGAGAAGGAGAGAGAAGCGAGUAGGGCAGAAUUGGAACUGCUAUUUGCUGAUGAUCAGGAUGUGGAUCAGGGUCCCAAGGGCUUUAAUUUGAAGCCCAAGAAGGUGAAGGGCAAGAAGGGGAAGGAGAAGUCUUCAGAGGACAAACUUCCGAAUGUAGAUCUUAGUAAUGAUCCGAGGUUCGCUGAACUCUUUUCUUCUCAUCUCUUUGCAUUGGACCCAACGGAUCCAGAGUAUAAAAGGAGUGCGGCGUAUGUUCGAAAGCGAGCAAAAAAGCAGGGAAAGGAUUCUCAAGAAGAAGAGAUACCGGAACAUAAUUUGCACAAGCCAUCGAAACAAGAUACACCGCCACCUGAAGAGGGACUACCAAAUAUAGACACAGUUCCGCAACCUAGCAGGGUUUCAUUAGAGAAGAAUGAGCUAUCUUCCACCAUUUUGUCGCUUAAAAGAAAUCUAGGAACCUUUAAAAAUGGAACAAAGGGUCGGUAAUGUGUACCCAGCUUCUGCAAGUUUCCGACAGUGCCGAAAAGCAGUUGAAAUUUUGUCAUAGUUGUUUUUUUUUUUCAAAUUUUGUCAUAGUUGUUUUUUUUUUUUUUUUUUUUUUUUUUUCACUCCAAAUUUGUGUAGAACAUCUUGAAUUUUGAUAGAUGUGUUACUUUAUUUUUCUUUAUGAAACUAUCUUGAACUUGUCUUGUAACA